UGAAGCUACGCUAGGCUAGUUGAAAACGGGUCCCGCUUACCGUUACCUUCCAGCGGUACCGCCGGUUCCGUUAAUGCUAUUAUUUCUUUUUGUUGAGCGGUAUAUGGGACCGAACACAUAGUUCUGAUAUAGAACUGUUCGUGGUUCGGUGUUGUGGACAGGAUAUCAGGUGGACCGUAUCCAGGCCCAGUGCCAUCUAACCGUUACCCUUGCAGCCAAAAUGGCGGACAUCGAGGAUGACAGCGGAGCGACCAGAACAAUAACAACCACGGAACCGCCAGGGGUUCCACCUCAACCUCCUGCCGCCCAGUUCGGGACUCCUUUACCUUUACAGGCCGUCGCUGAGACAACAGGGCCCGGAGAACAAAUACCGACAGCUCCCGCAGACCAGGACGUUCAGCUCGGAGAUCGUUCGGAGCCCUCGGAGCCCGCGUCCUGCUCACAGGGCGGCCAGCCCCCUCAGAAUGACCCGGUUGGUUCCGGAGUUCAGUUUGUGGACGGCUUACAGAGUAGUCCUGCGGAACAGAGCAUAUUGUUGGGCCCAGACUUCACUGAACUGAGCAGUACGACCAUCAUCUACGUGCAGCCGGACGGUAGCCUCGUGGAGGGUUCAGGACUGACAGCCGAGGAGCAGCAGGCCGUCCUUAACCAGCUCACCAAGCACCAGAUCGUCCAGGUCUCCGAAACCGAGGCCGCACAGCUGCUCCAGCAGAGCCAGCUGCUUAAAACCAUUCCAGUCCAAAACACGGCCCUGGACCCGAAUCAACUGCAGCAGGUUAUUAACCAAGUCACAAAGUCUCAGAAUCAGGUCCACCAACCCCAGAAGGAGCCGGCCCAGACUCAACAGGGUCUGAAGCAGCAGAAGCAGAUCCAGGUUCCUCAGCAGAACCUGAAACCCACGACCCAGACCAAUGCGUCCCAGCAGCUGAAGACUGUGGCCCAACAUGUUGCCAUGCAGACCGGCACCUCAGUUCAGAUCCAGAUCCAGGUUCCUCCCAAUCAGGACAAGAAGUCUGGUGCUGGUCCCCAGCAGAAAGUUGUGGCACUCAGCCAUCCACAGGUGAAACUGUCUGCUAAUGGCAGCGUGGGUAACGCUCAGAUCAUCCACAUCCAGCCUGUGGUCAGUCAGCAGGGUCAACAGUUCUUCCUGCAGCAGAAUCCAGGAGACCCUCCUAUUCAGCUGCUGCUGCAGACCCCCACUCCUGUUGUCGGAUCUCUGCUCCCGUUGGUCAACAAGCUAGCAGGUUCCACCUCCAGUCCAGGUCAGAAACCUGCUGCAUUCUCCGCCAAAGUCCCCAUGACCUCUGCUGUAAAGAAAAGCGCCCCCUCAAUCAUUAAGGCCCCACCCCCUCCCUCACCUAAAACCAUCACCAUCCCCACAGUCAAACCCCCCCCUAAUGGCACAGUAACCUCUGUCCGUAAAGGUCCAGAUAAACCACCUGCAGUCAUCACAGGGGUUCCGGUUCGGACUACCACAGCUGCCUUUGGCCGACCUGCUGCAUUGACCACUCCCACCAUCUCAAAGGACAAAGAGAAGGAGAGGAAGGUGAAGAAAAGGGAGAAGAAGGCAAUUAAAGUCCAAACCAGGUCUGGUCGGGUUUCUAGACCGCCGAAAUACAAAGCCAAGGACUACAAAUUCAUAAAGACCGAGGACCUGGCUGAAAGCCACCAGUCCGAUUCUGAUGACUACUCCGACAUGAGCGUGGAGGAAGAGGAAGGGCCCGACCCCAACAACACCCCCUCCAUCACCUAUAGCCACAAAUCCCGGUCGCAUCGAUGCCAGACUUGCGAUAAGGCCUACAUCGGCCUGGGAGGCCUGAACCGCCACUACAAAUUAAAUCCAACUCACGGAGAACCUGUUCCGAUCCACGGAGAACCCGAUGGGACCCACGGAGAUCCAGAUUCACCUGAAAACACCUCCAGCAACACACCUCGCCCUCAGACAGUCGACAGCCAAUCAGACGAGGGAAGCUAUGGUGCAGCGAGAGAGGAAGAGGAGGAAAAAGACACACCUGUCUCCACGGCAGCAAACAAAGCAGACGGGGGUCCAGCUGCAUCUGUUGGACUCAGAGGUCUUCAUCACAGAGGGCCAGGCCGUCCCAGGGGCCGAGGCCGAGGCAGAGGAAGAGGACGUGGUCGAGGUCGGGGUCGAUCUCUGGGACCACCUCCUAAGGUGACGAUGGGGCUUAUAACUCGACGGGGCCGUCGCGGUCGACCUCCCAAGCUCAGCGUCUCCACAACAGCUACAGAGCACCAGGCGGGGAGGCGACGAGACCGGCUGCAAGAGCUCGUGGAGCAGUGUGAGGAUGAGGAGCUGAUGGACAUUGUUCUUCCUCGUUUAACUAAAGUGUUGAGUCUGUGGGAGCUGCUGCUGGCAAAGGUGGAGCGUGGUGGUCCAACUCAUUCUCACUUUCCAGACAUUUACCAUGAGUUUGAGUCCCUGCAGGCUCAUGUAAGACAAGCAGCUCAGGACUACAUCAGCAGUCCACAUGGUGGAGUCAGUCCUCUGGAGGUUAGGAACAUCGAGGUGGCCCGGUCUUUGGGGAUCCUGGAUGAAGUGAACAGGAUGAAGGUUGUUCCCGGAGCAUCUCCCAGUUCCAGUCUGGCCAAUAAGAACGUCCGAUACUUGGGGAACUCCAAGAUGUUGCCGCCAUCUAAGAGAUUUAAGAUGGAGAACAGUAUUCACCACAACGGCACUGAAUCACCUCAGACAGGUGGUUCUGCAGCGCCCUCCAUCACAGCUGUGAAAUCCUGCUCCGUCUCCGUGUCUCCUCUGGUCAUUCCCAGAGGAUCCAAACUGAACCCGGCUGCCGGUUCUGGACCCAGUUCCUCCCCCACCCCCAUCCAGACUCUGCCCACAUCCACCCAUGUGGAGGCGGGUCCAACUGAGGACCAGGAAGACAGGUCUCUGCUGGUACCGGACCGGGUCUUGCACACCACGGAUGACACAGUCCAGAUGACAGAGAUGGAGAACACUCUGCAUUCAGUUUCUGAGAGUACCACAGACAUAACAACACUAGAUUCUGGAUCUGUUCAGACACUCGAGUCCAGUCUGAGCCAGUCCACAGCUUACCCCCAGCUCCAGCAGAGAGACCCGUCCCAGUCCGGAUCUGGCACUGCAGAACCAUUUGAGUCCAAGGAGCUGCAGGAGGGCCAGGAGAUCUACAUCCAGACCGAAGGUCUGACAGUCCAGCUGGCAGAACCGGGAUCAGAUGGGAUUGUCAUUGUGAACGGACCAGAUGGGACCACUAUGCACAUCCAGACCCCUGAGGGAGUCCCUCUGGAGGCAGUCCAGGCUCUGCUAGGUAUCGAGGCAUCAGAUGGACCAAAAACCCAACCAUGAACCCAGGUUAGGACCAGGCAGAACCAGAACCUUGUCUGAGACACCUCCUACAGAACAUCACACUUUUAAGGUGAACCUGACUUUUUAGAUCUGAUCCGGUCUGUUCUGGUUCAGAAUGAAGUUUCUCAUUUAAACCGGUUUCUCAGAAGUCCUUUUGGUUUUCUAAUUUCUUGAUGUUCUGGUUUCUGAUCAGAACUGUGUUGCGGACCUGAUGACCUCUUUGAGCUUCUGGACUAAGCGGUGACCAGCCAGGAUCAGCUCGUUUGAUUGGCUCUCUGCUGUGAUGUCAUCAGCAGCUGCUGUUUGUUUGUAAACAUGUUUUCUUUCUUUGGACGUAAACUGGAGGAUUAUUGGUUGUUUAUAUGUAGAUAAACAUGAACAAGAGUUGCACUAUUUUAUUACUUUUUAUAAGACUUGCAUAAAUGUUUUUGAGCUGGAACAUUUGGGAGUUAAUGUGAAGAACUUGAAGAGUUUGGAGGAAUUUUUUGGAGUGCAGAAUGCAUUAAACACAUGUGUCAUACCCGA